AAAAUCUGUGUUGAUAACUUCAACCCCAUUGCCUUGAAGCAAUUUUUUCUCAAACCUGGCAGCCUCGAUGUGUAACUGGGCAGCCUCUAUGUCUAACUGUAACCCCAUACAGGAACCGAACCUUGUUUCUUCUGAUACAGACGACUGUGAAGCGUUAUCAUCCGAUGAUGAAUCUGUAUCUCCAACCAUGGAAAUCAACAACCUUGUUAGUCCACCACCCAAGUUACCUCCUGUUUUCUCUUUUAUGGAAAAGGUUUUCAUGGAAGAAGUUGGCAGUCUUUCAGAUAAUUUCAAGCUUUUGAUCAUGGGUAUUCAUGUUAUAAUGUUACAGUCUGGUUUUGUCUGUUUUGAUUCUGAUUCAGGGAAUAAAAUUGAUGGGUUUCGUCUUCCUACUAAUUGGGAUGAUAAGGCUUCUUCCACCAGGUACUUAUGCUACACUCUCCCUCAACUUUUGGAACUUGGUUUUAUUGCAGUAGAGAGAGUUGUUUUGAGGUUUCAAAACUCAGAAGACUCUGUAAGCAUAUUUGGUGCUUUAGCUGUUAGAGAUUCUGUGGAGCAACAUCAGCUGAUUCUAAAUCAAAAUCGAUUUGUUGAUCCUUUACUUUGGGCUUUUGCGUGCCGUCGUAUAAUCGAAAGAAGGAUUAAAAUCGAUGCCACUUCUUCUGAACAAUACCCAGAAAAUGAAAUUUUUGAGUUUCAUAAACUUGUCGAUGAUGCUCUUGUGCAUCCUCUCUUAAGUGAUCUUCAUGAGGGGACUGGCUUGCUUCUUCCACCUUGCUUUAUGGGUUUACCUGUAGAAAUUAAAAUCAAGAUUGUGGGGUUGCUUGAUGGAGAUUAUAUUGCAAGGGUGGCCUGUGUUUGUUCAGAACUGAGGAAUUUGACUUCUGAAGAUGAUUUGCGAAGAAAGUAUAUGCAAGCUUUUAGAAGAUCUGGAACAUUUCCAGGGAUGAGUAAUUGGAAAGAAUCUUAUGGUUUUAGUAAGAUGAAGCACCCUUAUCGAUUUGGACGCGAGGAAUAUGAUAUUGAGAAUUGGACUCGACAAGAAUAUGUUCUUGAACAGACCUUAAUCUGGAACGAAAUUUCCUGGUAAAAUGUGUUGACCAUUAUGGAUUCAAGCCAGCGCGAAUCCAGCCCUAAAUAAUAGUGAAUAAGCUUAUGGUUUGACUCACACUCGCAGUCUCUUCGAAGUUUCAAUGUACAUGCUUCGGAGAGGGCUGGAUUUAGAGGUUGAGUUUGGCAACAUCCUGCAAACUGAUGUGUAGAUUGAAAAAUCAUCAGCGUACCGCUGUUUAUGCUGGUAUUUCAAAAAACCCCUUAUUCAGUUGUUUUCAAUUAUAGAUAUUCUUGGACUCAAAAUUGAUUAGUUUGGUUUCUAAAUUUGUUAAUGUAGUGCCAUGUUGUGAUUUA